CACACGCACCCACGGAGAGAUGCUGUCAUAACAAUUCGCUCCGGCCAUUUGGGGCCACACAACAGCUUUCGAAACAUUUCCACGCUUAAAAUGGUCAACCGUGUACUUUUCCCAGGAUCUUUGUUUGCUUGAAAAAAUGUACUAGCGCGCCGCAGUACUUCCUCCCGAGCAGCACAAGUCAGGCAAAAUUGGUUGCAGCAUCUUGUUUGUGACUAAAUCUGGUCACAUACGAGUUGCAGUAACCUAAGUGGAAAAUGUGUGCUGCUAGGGCUGCUUCGAAGACAUGUUGUUGACAAUAUUGGAAUGAAAGCGUGUGUGCGACAAUUCUAACGAUUAAUUCUGCGGAUUCAUUUACAUAAAGUAAUAUUUUUGUGAAAGCAUUAUUGUACUGAUGGGCAAAUAAUGAAGUCAUUCCCGUUUUUUUUGUGCCCACCCGUUGAUUCCGACCAAUUCAUGCGAAGCAAAGGCAAUGGUGCUCAUGCGCGUUCACGCACGCUACGAAUCAAAACCAUACAACAAAAUUCCCCCUCAUUCAAUCUACUACACCAUAGCUUUACUUUGAUGAACUCAAUAACGAGAUCCAAUAAUCCAUUUCCGCCAGUAAGUAGCAUCUUUCACCACGCAAUCUCAAUACUAAACGACUUGAGUAAUAUCAUGCGACUUGUUUUGCUUUUGGUGUUGUACAAUUCACAACUAGUGUUCGGGUGCGCUCACGCGGAAAGUGCAACAUGCCCAACAUUGCCAGGAAACAGCUCUCAGGACAGUAUCGUGGCACUGAUCCUGGCACGAGGAGGGUCCCGUGGAAUCCCGCUCAAGAACCUUGCCGUAAUCGAUGGACAUCGAACACUUCUCAUCCGAGCGCUGCACACCGUCCUCGAAAGUGGUGUAUUUCAAUCGAUUUGGGUUUCGACGGAGGAUGAUCGAAUUGCCGAGGCGGUUGAACGCGAAUUUCCCAACAGCAGUGAUGUGCGGGUUCAUCGUCGUCCGAUGGAAGUGGCUUUGGAUCAUACCAGCUCCAUCGAAUCGGUGCGACAAUUUUUAGAUCAACAUGCGUGGGCGCAGAACGUUGCGCUAGUGCAGUGCACUUCUCCGUUUCUGAGGGUUGAGUACUUGAGAGAAGCCUUGCGUCGAUUCAGGCUUAUGGACGCGGAUUGUGUUUUCAGCGUCACGAGAAGCUUCAAGCUGCGAUGGAAGAUCGGAAUGAACGGCAAAGUGGUGGCGUUAAAUUUUGAUCCCGGUAGGCGUCCACGACGUCAGGAUUGGAACGGCGAGCUGGUGGAGACGGGGAUGUUCUAUUUUGCAAAAAGGAAACUGCUUCUGGAGGGCUACUUUCAGAAUGACAAUUGUGAAGUGGUUGUUAUAGACGAUAAGGACGCAAUGGAAAUCGAUACACCUUACGAUUUGUGGUUGGCGAGGAAGAUAUUGGAAUAAAUGACAAAUAUUGCUGGGCAACUUUUGUUUGUUCUUUUGA